AUGGCAGCCACUCAGAUGUGCUUCAAAACAAUUGAGGUAUUUGAGUCACUCCCUACUCUUUCUUUGCCUCUAUCGACCCGUCAUAACAAGCAAUAUGUACGACGACCCACAUUUCUACGAGAUCCGAAGGGCCUAGCUCGAAUCCUUCAUCGCACUCCUGUCCAGGACCUCUUCGAUCCCCGUAUUGUAGACCUUAAGAUCGCGAACUCGCAUGUAUUCUGGAAUAUUUUCCAGAACUUGUUCCGAAAUGACGUCAUCUUGAGAGCCCUUGGAAUCUACGAGUACCUCAAGAUAAUCGGCCUGCCAUCAAUUGUCACUUCACCUGCAAACGAGGGUAGUCAGCACCGCGAAAAGAACCUAGCAUAG